UGCCGCUACUGUUUUCAAACGAAGGAGAAUUUGAGUGGUGGUGGGCGCGUUUGGUAGCUCUGCUGUUAAAAUCCUGUUAUUUAAUUCCACCAACAGCUACAGCAAUCAUGAGUGAGUUUAGGAUCCACCACGACGUGAACGAGCUGCUCAGUCUCCUGCAGAUCAGAGGAGGCGAUGGGGCGGAGGGAUACAUUGACCUGCUGCAGAAGCACAGGACUCCCUAUGUCACCACCACAGUCUCUGCUCACAGUGCAAAGGUGAAGUUAGCAGAGUUCUCAAAAACACCUGAAGAUUUCUUAAGGAAAUACGAGGAGAUAAAAUCCAAAAAUGUUCGUCAUCUUGACCCUCUGUUGUAUCUGCUCUCUAAACUCAGCGAGGAUAAAGAGAUGCUUCAAUUUUUGCAACAGAACGCCAAAGAAAGGUCAGAGUCUUUAAACUCGACCACUGCUACCAGUUACUCUCUGCCUCAAACCAGCACAAAGAUGUCCAUGCAGGAACUGGAUGAACUGAGGAAGAAGCUAGGCAACGUGACGGCCAGCUCCAACGCCCCUCUGCCUGCUGAGGUCACCCGAAAGAUGCUGAGAGACAAACAAAACAAGAAGAACCCCACCCAGCCCAACCCUGUUUUUCCUAACUGGGUCUACGACCGUCCAGCACUCAUCGGAGACUUCAUCCCCGGUCCUGCUCCUACAGGAGAUCCAGCCGUCCCCAUUGGAACGAUGCCGCUCCCCUCUCAGGAACAGUUUGCGGUUGAGGACCUGCUGUUUGUCCUGGGUGGAAUAGACGGACGAGACAUCACCGCUCAGCCAGUCCUGGGGAGGCAGAACCGCUCUUUUAUAGUGGAUGCAACUCUGGACAUGUCCAUCAAAGAGCUGGUUAACCGAAUAUUACCAGUUGCAUCAUAUUACUCCACUGUAACACGCUUCAUUGAGGAGAAGUCUUCCUUUGAGUAUGGCCAGGUGAACCACGCUCUGACGGCAGCGAUGAGGACACUGAUGAAGGAGUAUCUCAUCCUCAUCACACAGCUGGAGCACCUCCAGCGGCAGGGCCUUCUGUCGCUGCAGAAACUUUGGUUCUACAUCCAGCCCACCAUGAGGACCAUGGAGAUACUAGCAUCUAUCGCUUCCUCAUUGGACAAAGGAGAGUGUAUGGGAGGAGCAACACUGAGUCUUCUUCAUGACCGGACCUUCAACUACACAGGUGACAGCCAGGCUCAGGAGCUGUGUCUUUACCUCACCAAAGCAGCCAGCGUUCCAUACUUUGAAGUCCUGGAGAAGUGGAUCUAUAGAGGAAUCAUCAAUGAUCCGUACAGUGAGUUCAUGGUGGAGGAGCAUGAACUGCAGAAGGAGAAGAUCCAGGAAGAUUACAACGACAAAUACUGGGAUCAGAGAUACACCAUCGUACAGCACCGGAUCCCCUCUUUCCUGCAGAAAAUGGCUGACAAAAUACUGAGCACAGGGAAGUACCUGAACGUGGUGCGGGAGUGCGGCCGAGACGUGACGUGUCCGGACGCGAAGGAGGUGCUGUACACGCUGAAGGAGCGGGCCUACGUGGAGCAGAUAGAGAAAGCUUACAACUACGCCAGCAAAGUCCUGCUGGACUUCCUUAUGGACGAGAAGGAGCUCGUCUUACGUCUUAGGUCAAUCAAGCACUACUUUUUAAUGGACAAAGGAGACUUCUUCGUCCACUUUAUGGACCUGACAGAGGAGGAGCUAAAGAAGCCGGUGGAUGACAUUGUUCCUCCCAGACUUGAAGCUCUCUUGGAGUUGGCUCUGAGAAUGAGCACGGCCAACACAGACCCCUUCAAAGACGACCUGAAGAUCGACUUGAUGCCUCAUGAUGUGAUCACUCAGCUGCUGCGUGUGCUCGCCAUCGAGACCAAACAGGAGAAGGCCAUCAUUAACGCGGAGCCGACAGACGCAUCCCUCAACGGACUGGAGGCCUUCUCCUUUGAUUACAUCGUCAAGUGGCCGCUCUCUCUCAUCAUCAACAGGAAAGCUCUGACCAGGUACCAGAUGCUUUUCAGGCACAUGUUUUUCUGCAAACACGUGGAGCGGCUGUUGUGCAACGUCUGGAUCAGCAACAAAGACUUCAAGCUGUACGCUUUGCCCUCUGCUAAGUGGUUUGCAGCUGCGUUCGCCCUUCGCCAGCGGAUGCUCAACUUUGUGCAGAACAUCCAGUACUACAUGAUGUUCGAAGUGAUGGAGCCGACCUGGCAUAUCAUGGAGAACAACCUGAAAACGGCUUCAAACAUCGACGACGUCCUCCACCAUCACACCAGCUUCCUGGAUAACUGUCUGAAGGACUGCAUGCUGACUAACCCAGAGCUGCUCAGGAUCUUCUCUAAGCUCAUGUCCGUCUGCGUCAUGUUUACAAACUGCAUGCAGACGUUUACACAGAGCAUGCGGCUGGAGCGCCUCUCCCAUGAACAGGGGAGGGUGGAUGGAACUGCAGCUUCAAACGAACAGCCAGAUGAGGCAGAGAAGAAGAGGGCGAAUACAAAGUUUUUAUCCGAACACGCAGACAGCCUCCAAUCAGACGCUAGCUUCGAAGCCACAAUCGGAAAGUUUGACAGUAACUUCAGCAUGAUGCUGCUUGACCUGUUGGACAAGCUGAGCAUCUACAGCACUAAUGACUGCGAGCACAGCAUGAUCAGCAUCAUCUACAGGCUGGACUUUAAUGGAUUCUACACAGAGCGACUGGAGAGGAUGGCUGUGGAGCGCAGUCAGAAAGCGGCGGCAUAGCGUGUCACUCAAAGCGCUGACAUAACCCAGACAGAUGCAGCUUUUAAACAACUGAUAUGUCUUUGUGUAUAUUUUUAUAUAUAUUCCUGUAUGAAAUGUAGUUUUAAUGUUCAGAGUCCUUUAAUGCUUAAUGUUUGAAAACAUAACUCUGUAACUUAUUGUUUCUGUACAGUGGAAAUGUGUAUUUGCAGUGAAAUAAAACAAUAC